AUGCGUGACAACAUGCGAAAGAUUCUUAGUGAAGAAAAGGCUCGGGUUGACAAGAAGAUUCGAAAAGAUGGUGGAGAUUAUCUUAAUCACAGACCUAAAUAUUUGAAACCUAAAGUUUGGGAAAAAUUUUGUGAGUACUGGAACAGUGAUCAAUUUAAAAAGAGAUCUGCCUCUGCUAAAGCCGCCAGAGGACAUGUCAGGACCCCUCACACCUCUGGCUCUUAUACAUUUGACCGUCGUCGUAGGAAGCGCUACUUGGAGAUAUGCGCAAAGAAGGGCAUCGAUCCUAAAAAAACUCAGAUUCGAAGUUGGAUAGAUGCUGUUGGUCUAAAGAAGAAUAAAAUUCUGGGAUUUCCUAAGCUUCGAGCUUCUGAUAUUAUCGGCUAUAAGGGACGUAGGGCGACCAGAAAAGGUGAGGGAGGGUCGGGAAGAUCUACUCUCACUCGCCUACGCGAUGAUCUGCUUAUGCGUGUAGUUGAUGAAACCCUUGCCCAUGCUCGGUCACAUCCUCAAGAUUACCAACUAACUGCAGAUCAAAUUCAGCUUCUUGCACAAGAUUUUGUGGAUGGAGAGUCUCAUCUCCCUGCAGACCAUCCUAUUACGCAACAACUUCAGAACCAGAUCAUCCAGGUGAUGGUUGACGUACUCAAUCAUUUGUACAAGACGCAGGGUCCAGGCAAAGUAAAGGGGAAAGCACAUGCUGAAGAUGAUGGUGAUGAUCAUGACGAGGGUGGUGGCGAUAGUGAUGACAAUGACAAUGAUGGCGAUGGCGAUGUUGGUUCCUGUAAGAGAUCUGAUGGUGCAAUUAGAAUCACAGGGUAGCUUACUUGGUUUUCAUUUUAAGUAAGAGAUAUUUUGGUAUUCUCUACAAGCUUUUGUACUCUUCAAAUGUAGUGGACAAGUAGCUAGCUCUUUAUGUUGUAUGAUAUCCACGAAACUUUGCUACUGUUGGUUUUGCUUUGUAUCUAAGUUUAACUUAAACUCGUGACUUUAUGGUAUUGUAAAUUAGUAGCUUUUCUUUCAAUUUCGGUUGUGUUGAUGGUUUAAUGCUAUAGCGGCUAGUUUAUUAUACAGAGGAUAUGU